AUAAGUGAGACUCUACUGUAGUUUCUUCUAUUUCCACUCCGCAAUUGAAACUGAGAACGGACAAUACUUUAAUCAUGUCUGGAAGCUUCUACUUUGUAAUUGUGGGUCAUCAUGACAAUCCAGUGUUUGAAAUUGAAUUUCUGCCAGUUGGUAAAGUAGAAUCUAAGGAUGACCAUCACCAUGUCAAUCAAUUCAUAGCUUAUGCUGCCCUUGACCUGGUGGAUGAGAAUAUGUGGCUGUCUAAUAAUAUGUAUUUGAAGACUGUGGACAAAUUUAAUGAAUGGUUUGUCUCAGCUUUUGUUACUGCACGACGUAUGAGAUUUAUAAUGCUUCAUGAUGUAAGGCAAGAAGAUGGAAUCAAAAAUUUCUUCAAUGAUGUAUAUGACCUGUACAUAAAGUUUGCAAUGAAUCCGUUUUAUGAAUCCAAUUCUCCAAUUCGAUCAACUGCAUUUGACAGAAAAGUUCAGUUUCUUGGAAAGAAGCAACUUUUAAGCUCAAAUACCGUAUCCAUACUGUAUUAUUACUUAAUAUAUGUCCUAUUGUAUGUUUGUCAUCUUCUGGAUGCGAGGACCAGUCUGCAGUCUAAAGGUUCAAAAUAUCCACAAACUGCUCCAAUACCAGAGGAGAAAAUUAAAACAACUUCUGCUGCCCAGCAAUUAGUGUCUCCAAAGGGACUGAUCAUUUAA